CUUCUCGUCUCACCACCAUCAGCGCAUCUUGCUGCUCGCCUUCUGGCCACCGAGAUAUGCCGCCCCGCCCGUAGCAGCAGAGCACGCCCGCCAUGGCCGAUCGCCAGAAGGCCACCGACGGCCCGUCGAUCAACUCGCCCGAGGCGUGGGACUACAAAACUCUCCCGGAUUGGGACGACGACUUCUACAGAGAAGACGACAUCCUUCAGUUCGCCGCUGCCCUUGACGCACCGGCUGUUCUCACCGCAUCGCCGUCCGAGGAAGACCUGACACGGUGGGAGAAGCGGCCAGACACCGAGGCUGAGCGUAUCACCGCACUCAACGACUGGCGACCGGUGCACCAAAGACAGCUAAGGCGCCCCGGGUCUUCCAAAGCGCGGAACAGCCGGGGGAAACCCAAGAAACAGCCACGUCGCGGACGAGAUGAAACAAGAGAAGGUUGGACGUAUUCGGUUGCAAAGUACCCGCUCUUGUCCUUCGUCUUUGGCUGGAUCACUUUCUUGGGAACGUGCUACGCUUUCACGAGACUCUACAUCUGGCUGUACGAGCAAUACGUGACUUGGCGAGGGACGCGUGAUCGGCUCCGAAAAGCAUUGCGAAAACAGGAUAGCUACGACGGAUGGGUGACCGCUGCAGAAGAGCUGGAUCGCCAUUUGGGCAAUGACAAGUGGAAGGCGGAUGAUGAGGGGUCUUACUAUGAUUGGAAGACGAUCAGGCAGGUCUUGCGACAGUUACGAGAUCUUCGCAGACUCGCAGAAGAAGAUGAACAGACCGCUCGUGGACGAUCAGAGCGCAAUGGAGAGAGGCCUGUUGACCUGUUGAGAAAGGUGCUGGAGUCUUGUGUCAAGACGAACUUUGCGGGCAUCGAGAAUCCACGUCUAUACUCGGAGACUUAUUAUGGUACCAAAAAUCUCCUGCAGAGUUACAUCGACGAAACAUCUCAAUCGCUCAAGUUCAUUUUUGCAACCACUCAGCUCAGCGCAGCGGACAAGCGCGCCCUUUCUGAUCGUCUAUCUGCGAACCUUGGCCGGUCAGCCCUGUGUCUCAGUGGAGGUGCAACUUUCGCCUACUACCAUUUCGGUAUCGCCAAAGCCCUGCUGGAUGCCGACAUCUUACCUCCCAUCAUUACUGGUACGUCCGGAGGCGCUCUUGUAGCAGCUCUGCUCUGCACACGGACGGACGAAGAGCUCAAGAAACUAUUGGUUCCGGCCUUGGCCUACAGAAUCACAGCUUGCCACGAAUCCAUUCGCGUGUGGUGGUUUCGAUAUUGGCGCACAGGUGCUCGUUUCGACUCUGUUGACUGGGCGAAAAGAUGUGCUUGGUUCUGCCGCGGUAGUCUGACAUUCAAGGAAGCAUAUCAGCGUACGGGCCGUAUAUUGAAUGUUACCACUGUACCAUCUGACCCGCAUUCUCCGGCUAUCCUGGCGAACCACAUUACAGCGCCUGAUUGUGUCAUCUGGUCAGCUGUCAUUGCAUCAGCGGCUGUCCCGGGCAUCUUGAAUCCCGUCGUCCUAAUGCGGAAACUCCCCAGCGGAAAGCUCGAACCUUUUAGCUUUGGUCACAAGUGGAAGGACGGUUCAUUGAGAACAGACAUACCCUUGAAGAGUUUGAACACACAUUUCGGUGUCAAUUUCAGCAUCGUCUCACAGGUGAAUCCACACGUUUCUCUUUGGUUCUUCUCAAAUCGCGGCACCGUGGGCCGGCCAGUCACGCAUCGCCGAGGGCGAGGAUGGCGCGGUGGCUUCUUUGGAUCGGCUCUUGAGCAGUUCAUCAAGCUCGACCUCAACAAAUGGUUGAAAGUGCUCCGUCACCUCGAAUUACUCCCUCGACCUCUGGGCCAGGACUGGAGUGAGGUGUUCUUGCAGCGCUUUUCUGGCACUAUCACAAUCUGGCCAAAGACCAAGAUGUCUGACUUUUGGAACAUCCUGUCUGAUCCUUCCAUGCAACGUCUGGCAAGACAAAUCCGCGGAGGGCAGUUGGCUACGUGGCCCAAGCUGAAAUUUGUCAGUAAUCGCAUGGCCCUUGAAAAGGUUAUUCGUGAAGCGUAUAUGCAGCACCACUCGACCGAAGAAGAGCAAGUCACGCAGGUGCCAAUGCAGGGUCGUCUCCGAUCAGUGUUGAGCGAAGAGGACCUCAACUCGCUCCUUUCACAAGCGAGGAAGAAUAAUGGUCUGGUCGAGGUGCCUGAGGAGCUACUCACUCCGGGACGGGAGCUUGAGAAAAUGGACUUUGGAGACUCCACCCAACGAACAGAGUCGCCAUCGUUCACCAAGCGGAUGUCGAAUCUCUGGGGCUCACUGCAGUCAUCCACGUCACGCACAUCGCUUGACACCGCACAGCAAGGAUUCCGGGAGAUUCCAGCGCACGCACAAGCCUCUCGUCGCGGCAGUAGUGGUGUUGUUGACGAGUUGGUUCGGCAGUCGAGAGUGUUCUUCGACGACGAUGACUAUGCGGAAGAUACCGAGGCUGCGAGCGAGACUGAUGGGGUCGACCAUGAAACAGACGAUGAUGCCGUGGGCAGCAACGAUGCACCAGACUCAUCGUUCAGCAAAUGACUGCCUUGAUGUGGAAUGCAGUAUUUGGCUGGGGUGCACCUGUUAGCACCGCGUGGCACAUCUUCGGGUGCUAGUAUGCAGGAGGUUCCGGGUUGCGCGCUCUCGCCAUUAAGCAUCUCCCUGUUUUCUUUGUUUUACCAAUCCAACUUGAGAAUGAUUGACUUGUGAAGCGUUCUAGCGUGCUUCGGUGUAUAGAAAAAGACCUGGGCGUAGACAUCAUUAUAAUAUACUAGUGCGAAACGAGGGCUGUUUCCUCUCCGCGUUUGGCGGAAUCAUGCGCUUCAAGCCCCG